AUGGCACGGUUGAGACGGUUGUGCGUGGGGAAUCCUUCUGCCGAAACAUUUGUCGAUUCGAUCGGAAACCGCGGCCCUGUCACUUAUAAUCAGGUCCGAAAUGGCUGCCUGCGUGACACAGAUGCCCAAAUUAGGCAUAAAGCGGCACGCUACGCUGGCGUCGUCUUCGAAGUUGCGCCCUCAGCACAAAGUGGGGGUCUGGAAGACCCUGCGAAGUGCUACUCACUGGAGCAGGUGGGAUACUCGUCAAGUCGUGGCAUUGAACGACAAAAACUGGGGUUCAAAGAGGGCAAUUCUGAAGAUUUGGGGACCGGGAAUAGCUGCAAACCCAGAGCUCCGAACGGCCGAAGGCGGAUUUUUGCCGGGGUGGCCAUUGGAGUCCCCGGUCGUGAAUUUCGCCCCUGGAUCAUUGGUGCCUGGGUCUCUACUUGA